AUGGAGGACUCCUUCGCUGCUUCCACUAACAGAAGCUCUUCUCCGCUGCUUGGCUCUCCGGUCUUCUCCAGCCGUAUAGUCGGGGGCACUGAUGCUGUGGAUGGGGAGUGGCCCUGGCAGGUCAGCGUGACGAAAAACUUCUAUCAUAUAUGUGGGGGAAGCCUCAUCUCCAGGCAGUGGGUGCUCUCCGCCGCACACUGCUUCAAAGAAGAUUCUUAUUUCAAUUAUUAUUAUUUGCGAUUGGGUGCAUACAAACUGGGAUCUUACACCAAUGAACAUGAAGUUAAGGUCUCUCUGAAGGAAAUUAUCACUCACCCAGAGUACACCGGUGAAGUGGCCAGCAGAGGGGACAUUGCUCUGCUGAAGCUCUCAAGCCCGGUCAUCUACACCAAGUACAUCAUGCCCAUAUCUCUGCCAACUUCCUCCGUCACCUUCCCCUGUGGCAUGGAAUGCUGGGUAACCGGCUGGGGAAGGAUAGCAUCAGGAGUGGAUCUGCCAGAACCUAUGACCCUUCAGAAGGUGGAGGCUCCACUAAUAGACCUUGAGCGAUGUAGGAAGAUGUUUCGUGAGGGCAAUGCACCCAGUAAUGCCAUACUCCUAGAUGACAUGAUAUGUGCCGGAUUUGUAGAAGGAAAGAGAAGCAGCUGCCAGGGAGACUCUGGAGGACCUCUGGUGUGUAAGGUUAGAGGUGUCUGGUACCAGGUUGGAGCUGUAAGUUGGGCAGUUGGUUGUGCUCUUCCAAACUUCCCAUCGGUGUUUACCCUGGUGCCAUCAUACCAGUCAUGGAUACAAGAACACAUCCCCGAUAUGACAUUCACCAAACUGACAAAUAUUCCAGAGCCAAGUGUGAAAUGUUCCGGGAACCUCAGCGUUCCAGAUCCCAGGUGGCCAGUUCUGUGCCUGGUGACAUUAUUAGUCAUCUUUUGUAGCUCAUAUCCAUCAUCUUCCUCAGUGUAG